UGAGGUUCUUACUUAUGUAUUAAUCUGGCUUAUAAAACCCCCAUUUCCAUGUUGAAUAAUUGGUGUGAACAACCAACCACCUAAACCUUCUUCAACAAUUCUACCCUACUAAGUACUAUCAUCCCCCAACACUUAUCCGACCCCAUUUGGUACUUGCUUGCAUGCUGCAGAAAACCCCCCAGAAAUAGUGUGGAGAAGGAUGGGGAGGGGCAAGGUUGUAAUUAGGAGGAUCGACAAUUCGACGAACAGGCAAGUCACUUUCUCGAAGAGGAGAAAUGGGUUGUUGAAGAAGGCGAAGGAGCUGGGGAUUCUGUGCGAUGCAGAAGUGGGAUUGAUGAUCUUCUCCAGCACAGGGAAGCUCCAUGAAUUUGCAAGCACCAGCAGCAUGAGAUCAGUAAUUGAACGCUACAACAAGACACAAGAUGAAAGCCUUCAAUCCCCUCAGAAUCCAGCAUCAGAACUCAAGUUUUGGCAAACAGAAGCAGCAAUUCUGAGGCAACAAUUACACAACAUGCAAGAAGAUCAUCGGAAAUUAAUGGGAGAACUGUAUGGGUUGAGUGUUAAAGAGCUGCAGAAUCUUGAAAACCAACUGGAAAUGAGUUUGAGAGGCAUCAGAAUGAAGAAGGAACAAAUACUAAUUGAUCAGAUUCAAGAACUAACCAACAAGCAGGGGAGUUUCGUGCACCAGGAAAACUUGGAACUCUUUAAGAAGUUCCAGGUAUAUGGCACAAGGGACCCAAAUACAGUGAAUGGGGACACCAUUUCUCCAUAUGACUUCACCAUUAGUGAAGAAUCCCACGCCCACAUACAUCUCCAGCUAAGCCAACCCCAACCUCAAAACUUCAGCGAUCGAGCCACAGCAUUAGACUCAACGUAAGCCUACCUCGUCUCAACUAAAUUUAUUAUUUACAUAUAUUAUGCUUCACAAGUUUCCUAAUAAACCGAUUACAACUCCGGUUUUCUCCUUACAAAACAAAUCCAAAAAGAAGAUAAGAUGCUGUUUGGCGAAGACCAGUGAACGGCCAAAGUCUAACACCUGUUAGCCAAGGAUUGUUGGGCAGAGGCCUGAAGGGCCAAGUCCAGCAUCAUGUCUCUCGAAAAUGUAGCGGUAUAAAGAAAUAAAGUUACACAUUC